UGACUACCUCACUCCUAAGAUUCGGAAGUGUCGCAAAGAAUAAUUUCGCAACUAUUAUCAUGUCCCCCAAGGUCAAGGUUGCUGCGGUUCAAGCUGAACCUGUUUGGAAUGACCUCCAAGGCGGGGUUGCGAAGACCAUUUCAAUCAUCAAGGACGCUGCCGGUAAUGGCGCCAACGUGGUCGGUUUUCCUGAGGUCUUUAUCCCAGGGUAUCCAUGGAGCAUCUGGGCCAACUCGGCAAUUGGCAACGUUUCGUUCAUGAAUGAGUAUUUUGAAAACUCGAUGGAAAAAGAAUCAGACGAGAUGGAGCGCAUUAAAGCUGCUGUGCGCGAAUCGGGUGUCUUCAUCGUACUAGGCUAUAGCGAGAGAUACAAAGGGUCUCUAUACAUCGCCCAGUCAUUCAUCGACUCUACUGGCAGCAUCGUCCACCACCGACGCAAAAUCAAGCCGACCCAUGUCGAGAGAAGCUACUGGGGAGAUGGACAAGCAGACUCCCUUAUAUCCGUAGCCCCCAGUGCUUUCGGAAACAUAGGAGGACUCAACUGCUGGGAGCAUUCCCAGCCGCUUCUACGGUACUACGAGUACUUGCAAAACGUCGACAUUCAUGUCGCAAGCUGGCCUUGCAUGUGGAAUGUUCCAUCUUGGACAUACCAUAGUUCUGACGAAGCGAGUGGCCGGUUCAGUCAGGUUAUGGCAAUGGAGGGGGCUUGCUUUGUUCUAGUUUGUACACAGAUCCAAACGACUGAAGGCAAGGCUAGGUCAAAGUUGCCGGACUUUGACUGGAUGAAACUCCCUGGCGGAGGGUUCACGGUGAUCUUUGGUCCCGACGGAGCUCCCUUGACUGAACCAUUGGAUACUGGUGUGGAGGGUAUUGCUUACGCGGAUAUUGACCUCAAAGAUCGAAUCAAGGCGAAGCAGAACCUGGAUGUUGUCGGGCAUUACUCUCGGCCUGAUCUUUUAAGUCUGCAAGUCACGACUGAAGCUGCUGCUCCAGUUCAUUUCAAGUGACACUCUAUUUGUCCUUUUGAAAUACUAGCAUGGACUACUGCUAUCGGAUAUAUAAAAUGACACUUAACUAUAAUAUAGCAUGGUAGAACCCCAAAGUCUGUCUUAUAUA